GUCCUGAAUCAUUCCCUGUCCACUUCAUGAAGUUGUGCAUUUGUAGUUAUGUGGUUCUGCUUGGAGUUGCAGGCGUGUUUGUGUCAAGGGUCUCUGUGUAACUGAGUUCUCCUGUUUCCACAGGAUUUCGGGUGGAGAUGGCAGGGAGGACUCAGACCGUGUUUCUCAACGACAACAUCACCAUCACCUGCAAGAUCCCUGGUUCUCCCGCUCUGGACAUCAGCACUGUGGGUGUUGUCUGGUUUGUGAGGAAAAAAGGAUCAGAGGAGAAAGUUCCUGUGUUUGAGUAUUAUGGAGAUCACGAGAAGGCAUACCGAACUGGAGCCAACAUCUCUCCGGAGAAGCUGAUGAGGGGAGAGGCCUCACUGCACCUGCCAGCCAUUCAGCUCAGUGAUGCUGGAGAGUACUUCUGUAAGGUGGUGGUCACCCCUGAGAUGGAUGAGAAAAGUGUGCAGCUGGAAGUUGUGGACCCUGUGAAGAACAAUAGCUACGUGAUUGUUUUACCUAUUGUUGCAGUGCUGAUUUUAGCUAUAAUUAUUGUGGUUUACUGCAAUCUAAAAUGGCGCAAACAGAAAAAGCAGACAUCCACUAGCAUGAAAAAGAUUUAUGAAGCCGUGGACCAGAUCUGAGGCAUGGGGGUUUGUUGCUUGGAAAGCGAGCCAUCCAUAUCUGUGUGCUCCUUCAAGUUCCGUUUGCUCUGCUCUCCAUCCAGCUUCCUACUCAUGCCCCAGAGAAAGCAGUGAAUGAUGACUAAUGCCUGGGUCCCUAUCACCUAUCCAAACAAUCUGGAUGGAGUUCCUACCUCGGGGCUUUGAUUCAGCACAGACCUCUGAAUGUAGCCGUGUCACCUCGUAGUGCCUUCCAUCAUGGACUGCAGCCUUGACUGUAUGCUCAAUCCCAUGACCUGCUUCAUCCUAUGCAAUGAAACAGUAGUGGAUGUGUGUCAGUCCCAGCCUAGACCUCAGGAGGCCAUGUGCAUUCAUCCUUGGACUUCUGUGAUGCUUCUGGGCUUGAGCAAGUGCCUAGUCCAAGCCUGACUGCUGGUGGAAAAGGGAGAGACCAGAAGCAGAGCCACAUCAUCCUGCUUGCUCUCAGGACACCAGCCUGGAUCACUGGAAGCUCUGUAACAGCACUUGAACACCCUAGCUGUGGUCGGAGGAGCCUCAGAAUCACCUCUCUCCACUGCAGCAGGAAUAUUUAUCUCAAAAUGUUUACGGUUUGUUUGUUAGGCAGCAAAACUCACUGAUAGAGCUCCUUACUGAUCCUUCUCUUAGGCAGUUGCCUCAUAAAUGUUUGAGGAAGUAGCAGAUGGUGGCCCAAUGCUUGGACUGCUGUACCCCUAGGGGAACUAUGGAAGAAAUUCCUGGUUCCUGGUUUCAGCUCAGAUCAUCUCUGGCCUUAGUUGCUAUUUGGGCAUUGAACCAACAGAUGGCAGAGUUGUCUCUUUCUGCCAUUCUUCAUCUGUUAAUCUGCCUUUUAAGUCACUUCAAUAACUGUUGAAGAACAAUUGGAAUUGAUGAAAUGAAGUAAAGUAUCAAGAAAGGUGCACCUAAUCUGCACACCUAGCUUGCCAGAUUGAGAAUGACAUAGUGCUGUAGUUUUAAUGACACUGUGACUAUUUUAAACUAUCAGUGAGUGAAGAUAAGCCAGUCUUCAUUCGAUUACUAUUUAUUCCAUUGACUCUUUUUCUUGCUGGACUAACUUAUUUAAUUUAUUGAACUCGGUCAUUUACAGACCAAAUAAAGCUUAGAGUAUAAGGUGAAA